CUUUGUGACUGUGAACAUCAUCCGAAACAAUUUCGCGCCUGUGUUCACCGCGGCCUUGUGCGAUGUCCAGCUGACCACUUUUAACAACCAGCAGUUCUUCCUCACUCAAGUGACGGCCACUGACCAGGAUGGCUCGUUGAUGCCGUUUGGUCAUGUCCGGUACAGCAUUAUUGGUGACGAUGUCGCAGUGAAUCUGUUCAACAUCGAUGAAGUUAACGGAAACAUCAACGUGGUGGGAGACCUUUCCACAAGUGGUGCAGAAUCCUACACGAUCCGAGUGCAAGCUCGUGACCUCGGUGACCCAGCCCGCUAUGGAUACAAGGUGUGCAGUGUCAGCGUGCAGCAGAAAUUCCAGCCUCCAUUCUUCCUCAACAACUCCCACCAGGCCACCGUUCAGGAAUCUUUCCCGCUUGGCAAUACCAUCCUUACUGUAUACGGACGCGACAAUGACCUUGCGGCACCCCACAACACAGUGCGCUACAGGCUGAUGCGCGAUCCAGAAGAUCUCGAGUGUUUCCUUAUCAACAAGGUGACUGGCAACCUUGCGCUGUGCCGAUCUCUUCUCUACGACCCUUGCACUGCCAAUGUCUUCUUUGGUAAUGACAAUUCACCAUUCUUCCUCAACGACCCAUACGCCCGUACCCUGGUUGAGACAGAGGCCGUUGGAACACUUGUGUAUGACACUCUGGCUCCAUUCAACACACUUACCUACUCCAUUAUUGGUGACGAUGCAGCUGCUUCAUAUUUCCGCAUCAACUCGACAACUGGUAAUGUGUUCCUGGCCAGCAGUGUGUAG